CGUUUGCUUAACAGAAAGCCACGAAGAACCACACUUCAUUUCAACACAAGCGCCGUCUCCGCUGUUCGGGAAGUUUGUCCGCGCUGGCUGGGUGAGCCCAGAGACCUGCGGUCAGUCAUGCAGCUAUUUCAGCAGCUUCCCCUGGGAGAAGCGCGGCGCAGCCUUUGAACGGGAUAGGGAGCUCUUCUGAUGGGGCGGCAAGAAACCGGGCGGGCGGCGCUGCCUUCUGUGGCCUUGGCAAUCUCAUUUGGAUGGUGGCACAAGCGCGAGGUUGGGGGAGGCCGGCGCUCCGCUUUCUUCCAGUCCCUCGGGCAGACCUGGCCUUUCCUUCGCCGCCACACAUGAAAAGAUCGCACGGAAGAGGAGAGCUGGGCCCGGCAAUGGGGUUGGCUUCCUACAAAGAUGUCCCGCCAGCGUCCCGCCUCUUCCUUAGAUGCCUUGCCCCGGGCGCGAAACACACUAGCGCUUUCUUUUCUCGGGAACGUACAAGUCUGGAGAAACAUUCCCAAGCAUCCUAAUCUAGUCCACCUUAAAUGCAUGGGUGUGGCCUCAACAGCUGAGCAAUAAAAGUCAUCAAGCUGUGGCAAGUAGCUGCUUUUGCACCAUGGCAGAGUACCUGGCAGAAAAGAUGAACCUAUACGAUGUCCAAGCGAACAAGCUCGAUGCUUUCAUCGCUGAGUACCUGCAGCCCAGUGAGGAGUUCUGCAAGAAUGUUCAAGAAGCUGUCAAUAGAAUUUGUAAGUUCCUGAAAGAACGGUGCCGUAUGGAUGCUCGGGUGAUCAAGACAGUAAAGGGUGGUUCUGCAGGAAAAGGGACAACACUGGAAGACAAUUCAGAUGCUGAUCUGGUUGUCUUCCUGAACUGCUUCUUCAGCUUCCAGGAUCAGGCUGACAAGCGUGAACGUAUAAUCUAUACUAUCGAGCAGAAUCUCAAGCUUUGCUGCCAGAGUGUUGCCUUCAGUGUCACUAUCCAGCCCCCGAAGAAGAAGGGCAAACCGCCUCGCUCGCUCACUCUCACUCUCCAGUCAAAAAGGAAAAGUGAGGCAGUUGAAGUGGACAUUCUUCCAGCCUAUGAUGUUUUGGGUCAGAUAACCCAUGACAGCAAGCCACCAGAAUGGGUCUAUGUAAACCUCAUCGAGACCAAAGGGGAGCCCGGUGAAUUCUGUACUUGCUUCACAGAGCUGCAGAGAAAUUUUGUGAAGCACCGUCCACCCAAAUUCAAGGGUCUUUUGCGGCUGGUCAAGCACUGGUACAAGGAAUACAAGAAGAAGCUCAAGCAGACUGACCCAUCAUCAAAGCUACCCUCCAAGUAUGCCCUGGAGUUGCUGACUGUCUAUGCUUGGCAGGAAGGCACCAAGGAGGCAGAGCAAUUCAACACAGCGGAAGGGUUUUGUACAGUGAUGAACCUGCUGCUUCAGUAUCAAGAUCUCUGCAUUUAUUGGACUAAGUACUAUGAUUUUAAGAACUCCAUAAUAGAGGCAUAUGUGAAAAAAAGGCUGGGAGAAAAACGUCCUGUGAUCAUGGAUCCUUCAGAUCCAACAGGAAAUACAGCCAUGGGAAAAGGCUGGAACCUGCUGGCCGAGGAAGCUCGCCUUUGCCUGACUUGGGCAUGCUGCAAGAACAAAAAUGAGCCUGUUAAAUCCUGGGAUGUGCAGCCAGCCAGAGCCAUUCAGGUGACGGUGCAAGAUGGGCGAACACGAGCAAGUUUGGCUAAACUUACAGGAAGUCCUUACACCGCCAUCCAGAAGAUCAAGGAAAGCAUGGGAAGCAAGUGCUGUAUCCCUGUCAGUGAGAUGGCCCUGACCCUGCAGAAACCAGACUCAGGGACAAUAGACCUGCAGAAUGAACAGACUUUAGCAAGUUAUGGCCUGUUCUACGACACCACUCUCCUGCUUAAAGCACAAGAGAUGAAGAUUAACGUGAGAGACUACAACAGCAGAUCAUUAGUGUACACAGUCUCGCCCAAUGAAACUGUUAUGGACCUGAAAAGAAAGAUUGAAAAGCGAACAGGUGUAGUUGCAAACCAGCAGCGCCUGACCUAUAAUGACCAGGAGCUGGAUGACACAAGGAUGCUAGCUUCUUACAAGAUUAGCAGCCAAGACACUGUCUACCUGCUUUUGAGGCUUAGAGGUGGGCAUCCCUCCUUUUGAGUAGCAAUGCCCAGCCUUCCAGAUACACCACAUGUAGCCUUCCAGAUGCUAGGCUGAAACUCCCAUCAGAACUCACUGUUGGCUAUGUUGGCUGGGGCAGAUGGGAAUGGCAGCCCAACAAGAAUCUGAAAGGUUGGUGUUUCCAUUGUUGCUUAGCUUUUUCAAGAUUAUCCAGAACUGCAGUUGCUGUUUUUUGCUUGAGAUCUUAAUUUUAUCACCAGUCUUACGACAGUAGAAAUGUAUCAGACAAUGCAAUUUAUUCAGCAAGAAAAAACAAACAUUGCAAUUAUAUCAAUCACAAUACCCAUGACCAUUGUUGGGCAGGUUAAAUCAGUUGGGCUUAUUCCCAUGCAAGUGGAUAUGGGACUAUAGCCUAAGAACCUAAUUCAAAACAGAUAAAAGACAUAUUUGGAAUUAAUAUUUUUACAUAUUAUAUCUUAUAGGAUAG